AUGGACGCAUACUGAGCACUGGCAAUUAACUUGCUAAUAGAAGAGCUGGGCAGAUAAAGAGAAAAGCUGGGGGAAAAUUACAUCUGCUGGUGGCCUGGGUGAGGCUGGGAUGUGUUUUAAAGAGACACCUUUGGCUGGCAGUGGCAAGAUGUGUGAAUGGGGAUGUUUGUCAUAUUCUUCUGGCUCAAGACACCAAGUUCUGCUCCGGGCCGGUGAUGUGCUGUGAGGACUCCUGCGCUGACUUCAAGGCUCAUGGAGGAUCUUCUGUUCCUAGGCCAGCAGGUCAGUCAGCAAUGGCUGCAGCAGAAAUUCCCAGUUACAUUGUCUCUUCUCAGACUGAGAAACACAGGAGGGCCAGAAACUGGACUGAUGCAGAAAUGAGAGGUUUAAUGCUGGUUUGGGAAGAAUUUUUUGAUGAGCUGAAACAAACUAAAAGGAAUGCCAAAGUUUAUGAGAAAAUGGCUAACAAACUCUUUGAAAUGACUGGAGAAAUUCGCCACGGAGAGGAAAUAAAGAUAAAAAUUACAAAUAUGACAUUCCAGUACAGGAAAUUAAAAUGCAUGACUGACAGUGAAACUGUUGCACCUGACUGGCCUUACUACAAAACCAUCGAUAGGAUAUUAUCCAAAGUGACAGACCACAGCGAUGUGAAAAUGCAUGAAAACCAGCAACCAGGUCCUUCCACAUCACAGACAGAGGCCUCGCAGUCUCCAUCAGCCAAGUCUACACCUCUGUAUUUGCCAUAUAACCAGUUUACAUAUGAAGGAAGGGAAGAGUGCUUUGAAGAUGAACACUCAGAGAGUUCGUCAAGCUUACUUUCUUACAAGCUGAGAGCUGAAGAAAGACCAGUUAAGAAAAGAAAAAUGCAAAGCUGCAGUUUCCAAAAGAAGAAGCUAAAAUUAAUGGAGGCCAUGUUGGAAGAACAGAAGAAGUUGAGUAGAGCUAUGGAAGAGACCUGCAGAGAAGUGCGCAGGAUUCUGGAUCAGCAAAACAUCAUUCAAGUUCAAAGCUUACAGUUACAGGAGAGAAUGAUGAAUCUACUGGAAAAAAUGAUCUCCAAAUCUAAUGUGUAGUUUGCUUUGUGAAUGCCUCUGAGAUUACUAUUGAUAUAAUAGAUAUCCCCUUACUGCACACCGUAUGUGUGUCUGUUGCCCUAUUCCCAGGUUUUCCAUGGAAAUUAAAACCCUAGUGUAAUCUUAGUUAAGCAAAGAGAGCAGAUAAUGCAGAAUGAGAGCUAUCCAGUAUGAUAAAAUUAGUGCAAUAUAUGCCUAAGUUGAAUUAUUUUUAUACAGAAAGGUUAAGGGUUGAAUAGCUCUGGGAACUACCUAUUUAUGCCUAGGUCAGGUACUGUUUUACAAACAGUGGCAUUGUACAUUGCUUCACAUCAAGGACUAUAGCUUGACCUAUUGUAGAACAAAAUAGUGCAUUUCUAAACAUGGUAAUGACAUCUUGACUUUGCUGAUGAUUAAACCCUGUUUUGAAACGUACAUUGUACAAGUGACCUAUGGCUCUUGUGAAGAGCUAGUUGGGACCAUGAGAUACAUAAUUUUAAACUCCCUGCCUGAUAUUAAUAGUACUCUAAAGUAUUAGGUUAAAAAUAGUCUAUUCAAAUACACUUUUGAUAUAAAAAGAAACCCCUCAAACCAUCUAACUAUAUACUGAAUACUAAAAUGUAUAGAAGAUACUUGAAAUUGCUUUUGAUAUUAAAUGUUUAAUUUUUUUCAUUAUUAACUGGAAUCUGUUGACUUAAAGAACAACCAGCAAUGAAAAUUCUCAUUUAUUCUCUAUCACAAAAGAAAAAUAUUGUACUGUGUGUAUAUACAUAAAUAUAUAUAAUCUAUCAAAUGAAAUAAAGAAAAAGAAGAAAC